GUUUGGAAAAUGGUGCAAUGCCUUGGCUGCCGUUCCCAUCCCUCCAAGUCUGUCAAUUAGUGAUAAUGGACCCGAUCGGCAGAGAGAGGCCACUCCUUCGCUCCUUCUACCCUCCCUCCCUCCUUCACAUGACCACACUUUCUCUCUCUCUGCCCAUCAUUCUUUCUACCUCUCAGUCAGUAAUAAUGGAGCCCGGCAGUCCAAAGAAGAUCCAGUUUGCUGUGCCUCCCCUGCAGGGACAGAUUGACCCACAGGCUGCUGAACAUAUCCGCCGCAGGAGACCGACCCCCGCCACCCUGCAGAUCUACAGACAACCUGGAACAGAUGUUGGAGAUCAACAAAACGCCAGCGGGGAGCCACAGGUUUGGAAAAAGCUUGCCUCAGACGCCGCUCAGAGGAAGCAGAGCACAUACGCCCCCCCAUCAAUGAAAGACCUUCAGCUGGGGGUGGAGCAACAUCUCCUGGGGGCGGGGCUCUGUGAAACAGACAGCCAGCUGAGCCCAAUCACCACGCAACUGUAUGCCACUGGUUACACGUGGGCCAAUCACAAUCAGCCAGAGGAAGCCAAUGGGAAUGAGGCGUGUUUGCUGUUAACCAAUCAGGAGAGAGGCGUGACAGACAGCAACAGCUCAGGCGAUUUGUCCACCACCACAGCUAAAGAAGCGCCCAGCCCCGACUCCAUCUCCCGAUAGCUGCUUCUGCUUCAUCUAAAAUCGCUUCUGUCUUUUUGUGUCUCAUUAACCAACUGUUCUCCUGUCUGCUUUCCCACUUAUUCCAAUAUUGCUCUACUUUGCUAAUAUCCAGAACUUAAUUAGUAGUUUGAUUUUUUUUUUGUUUGUUUGGGUCAGUCUGAAUUUUUAAUAUGUGGCUGUGAAUAAAUCAAUAUUAAGGGCAAACAAAUGUCUGAGUGUUGUCUUCUUAAACAAUAAGGCAGAUUUAAGUCCUCUAUUUUUAGAAUAAUAUGAAAAAAAGUUUGGAUAAAAUUGAAAUGUUCCACUGUUAUUCCUUGAAAUGAUCUAAACAGAGUGGAAUGAGCCAAACCCAAGCUGUUAGAGAUUUAACCAUCAGGGACGGUACCGGCCGUCUGAGAGGCCCAGCAUUCAUGUCGCUGCAAUAGCAGCUGAAAUAACUUCAAUGUUUUUCUAAAGAAGAGUGUAUGGGGAGCAAGAAAAAAAUGCCCCCACUGUUUCUUAUAGAUAUGGCCCCCAAAAGACUGAACAUUCUCAGGAAGGAUAUCCUCCAAAAAAACAAAAGAAAAUAAAUUUACCAGAGGUCUGACCACUGUUUGUGUUUCAUCCUCCACUCAAAGGAUGGUGAAAAGAUUUUUUCAGUUGCUCGUAUAUUGUUAUUUGUGUCGCUUUGUCUUUUAUGCUAUCUGUACAUCUGAUCCGAAUAUAUGUGGUUUUUUUUCUUUGAAUUUUCAUCUAAAUUUUGGCCUUGAUUCCAAGAAAACAUGCAAAGAAUUGUUGACUUGAUCUGUGUUUGUGGGACCACAGUGAAUAUAAGUUAAAAAGUUCCUCAUUUAUAUCUAGGGGGAUUUUCUGGUGCCUUGUGUGAGAGAGACCUCUUGUCUGAUAAAGUUUAGUUGAAAUUUCUCAUGCUUGGGGUUGAUAGGAGAUCCUACAUGCCAUCUGCUUCCUGGAUGUGGCCGGUACAUCCAGGAGUAAGAAAGAGGCUUGCAAAUAUGAGAUGUGUGUAAACAAGAUGUGGCUUCCUCAAGUCCGGCCUAAUUUCCCAGAAUGUUUAGAAAAUCAUUCAAUUUCUUUUAAUCAACAUCACCUGUUUGUCUGGCAACCAAGAAGUGACUUUUCUGAGCUACUUGUAUUGCGUCACCAUCCACUGGAGAACCUCCCACAUAUAAGCUCAGUAAAUAACCAUGUUCUUUCAACAGCUGUAAAACUGAUGCAGAGUACCGCCUGGGAUCCAAAGAACCAUCCAAAUCUGUUGGACAAACAUUCAUUGCCUCUGCUCCUUCCUUCUAAAGGUCCCACAUAUUUGGCCUUACUUCAAUCCAUGGAGGUCCGUACAGAUUCAAAGCAGACUCAAAGCGGAUGUCUGUCUGACAAGUCCAUCCAAAGAUAGAUUUUUAUGACCAUAUAUGUGUACUUUGUGUUACGUGACACCAAGCUGAUUCAAUUGAGAAUCAAUUCACCCAGUGGCGAGAAUGCACAGUGUCACCACCAUUCUCUGUUCCAUGCUGACAGGUGUGUGAAGGCUGCCCAGAUGGAGAAACAAACGGGGUGCCCAAAUGGCUCAUCAAAUUUGCUAAAUUUGUAGGUUUAGUGUGACAAAUUUAGCAAAAAUGAUUGGGACUAUGAAAUCCCAAUCAUGUGCGGAAAGUCAAUGCAGCUCAUAGAGUAUGCACAGCAUGUCAUGUGUCAUGUGGGAACCUAAAGACCAACAGGUUCAAAGAAAUAAAAAGCUGGACUGUAGUCCUCCUUGAUUGUCAGCAGCCUUUUGUCUCAUUUCCACUGAGCAGUACGGCAGAGUUUGGUACACUACACUAUUUUGUUUGCUGACAUUGUAAAAGCAGCGCGAAUGUUGUGUGACCAAUACCACAACAUUCUUUGGACCCCUACAGUUCAGAGGACAACUGUAAUGUGGUUAGGGUGGAGCUACUGGCAUUACACAACACUGUCCGCUGACUGGCCAACAGAAAAACUUCACUAUGUGGAGGCAUACUGGUGAAUCACGUUUGUCGUCACACUAGUAUGCCGCCAUGUUAGCUGUGUGGGUUUAACCCUACCUCACCAAUGAGAGGCCACCUGGUGGAGGAAGCUCUCUCCUGCAUGUCGAACUGACCCGUUACGUACUGCUCAGUGGAAACAAGGCAUUAGAUCUGGAGAGCGAGCAACAUUCCCCAAUUGUUAUUUGGGAGAUCUUUCAUGUUGCCUGCUGUGAAAGUGGAAAUCUGUCAUAACUGAGAGCUUCAAAGACCUUCCCUGCCCUUUCCCUUAGAUCAGAAAAAAAAAUGCAGAUUAAGUAGAGAUCUUUUGUUUUAUGAAAUAAUUAAAGUCUGGAUAACCUGGGGCCUCAGUUCAAUUAGAAGCCUGAAAACAUUUUUUAGUGUUAGUCAUUGUUAGCUUGCUGUAUUACUUGUAUUGCUUAUCAGUAGAUAAGGGUAAC